UAUUAGACAUUUACUAGGAUACCCGCGAAAAUUUCCUGCUCAAGACGAUUAAAAUGAAUAUUUAUGAAAGUUUUGGUAUUAUUUUCACUCAAUAGUGUCAAUAACAUUACUUUAAUACGUUUACUUCUGAGUGAGCAUUUCUUAUUUUGAUUUACCUUUAUGUUUACGGUUAUAUUGAUACAGACCUAGUGAGGUAAAGGUUCAUACGAUACCGAAGAAACGACGGAGUCAAGGAUGCUUAUGAGCUAUCUUAUCAUUUCCGGGGUAGCUGCGGUAGUUUUCUCAACCAGUGGUCAUGGUUUUGAUGCUCAUCUUCGUGGACCAAGUUUUCUUAUUGAACCACCAUCUAGAAUUGAAUUCUCAAAUUCAAGUGGUGCUUGGCUAGACUGCGCUGCAUCCGGCAGCCCAACUCCAAACAUUGACUGGUCUACCGCCGAUGGACUUCCGGCCGGUGACGUACUCGGUGUUCGAAGGGUGCUCAGGAACGGGACCCUUGUGCUUCUUCCGUUUCAAGCAGCAGCAUUCAGACAGGAUGUUCACAGUGCAGCUUACAGAUGUGUGGCUAGUAAUUCAGUCGGUCGAAUACUCAGUCGUGAUGUCCAAGUUAGAGCAAUUGUGACUCAAGCGUAUACAGUUGAUGUCGAAGUAGUUGAAGGAGUAUCACGAGGAUGUACGGCAAUUAUGAGAUGUGUUGUUCCAAGUCACGUAAAGGAUCUCGUUCGAGUAGUAUCUUGGUUACAAGAGCCAGCGUUUCAUAUAUAUCCAUCUCUUCAAGGAGAUGGUAAAUUCCAUUUGCUAUCUACAGGUGAACUUUUGAUCCAUAGUCUCGAGUUCAGUGAUCAAUUCUUGAGUUAUAGAUGUAGGACAAUGCAUCGGUUAACAAGACAAGUGGUUGUAAGUUCUUCAGCAAAUGUCAGAAUAGCAGAUCACAGAGGGGUCAUACCACCAACAAUCUUGGAGCAUUCUGGAGUUAUGUACGUUGGUCAAGACGAGUCAACAUCAUUGAUCUGUGUAGCCAAAGCUUGUCCCACACCCGAAUAUAGGUGGUACGCCCGAACAGGAGGAGAGCAAAUGCCAGUAUUGUCAGGUCCGAGGAUGAGAUUGCUGGGACCCGUAUUAGCCAUCGAAGCUGUUACUUUAUCAGAUAGUGGGAUGUACCAAUGUGUCGCAUCUAAUCUUGGUGGCGAGGCCAGUGUUGAACUCAGACUGAUGGUAAUGGUUCCCUUGAACGUCGAGGUUUCGCCAUCACUAUUAAGUGUUCACUUAGGUGGCAAUGCAGAAUUCACUUGCAUCGUUAGUACACAUUCUCAAGCUGGUCAACACUUUAUUACAUGGUUUAAAGAUGGGAGACAACUUCCGGGUGCUGGUAGACAAUCUGAAACAUUAACUCUCAAUGGAAUUAAUCGUGAAGACCGAGGCAUGUAUCAAUGUAUAGUGAGACGAGGUGAUGAUACUUCUCAAGCGUCAGCGGAGCUUCAAUUAGGAGAUGCGCCACCAGUUUUUCUGUAUUCCUUUAUCGAGCAAACACUUCAACCGGGGCCAGCAGUUUCACUAAAAUGUUCUGCAGCUGGGAAUCCAACGCCCCAAGUGACUUGGGCAUUAGACGGAUUCCAUUUACCUACAAUUACGAGGUUUGUUAUUGGACAAUACGUUACUGUCCAUGGCGAUGUGAUUUCACAUGUUAAUAUAAGUCAAGUUAUGGUAGAGGACGGUGGAGAAUAUUCCUGCACAGCUGAAAACCGAGCUGGAAAAGUCACACAUGCAGCACGUCUCAAUGUCUAUGGAUUGCCUUACAUCAGAACUAUCCCCAAAGUCACAGCAGUUGCUGGUGAAACGCUACGUUUAAAAUGUCCAGUUGCUGGAUACCCAAUUGAAGAAAUAAAAUGGGAGCGAAGUGGGCGUGAAUUGCCCGAUAAUCUACGACAGAAAGUUUUGCCUGACGGUACUUUAGUGGUAUCUAGCGUACAAAAAGAGUCGGAUACCGGAACUUAUACCUGCUGGGCAAGAAAUAAGCAAGGACAUAGUGCUAGAAGAUCUGGAGAUGUCACAGUAAUUGUUCCCCCAAAAAUUAGCCCAUUCACGGCAGAUCGUGAUCUUCAUCUUGGAGAACGUACCAGUUUUACUUGUUCAGUUACAAGAGGUGACCAGCCAGUAAGAAUCAGCUGGCUAAAAGAUGGCCGCUCUUUAGGACCCUCUGAGCGAGUCUCCAUCACCAAUGUCGAUCAGUUUAAUAGCAUACUGAUGAUUGAAAGUUUAUCUCCAGAUCACAAUGGGAAUUAUUCUUGUGUUGCCUCUAAUCCGGCUGCCGAGGUAUCACACAUGCAACAACUUGUGGUUCAUGUACCACCACAUUGGGUUGUUGAACCAAUGGAUACUAGUGUUGAAAGGAAUCGACAUGUUGCAUUACAUUGUCAAGCUCAAGGUGUGCCAACACCUGUUAUUAUUUGGAAAAAAGGCACAGGUGGAAAAUCGGGAGAGUAUGAAGAAUUACGGGAAAGUUCGUAUAUAAAACUUUUAAGUAACGGUACGUUGGUACUCCAACACGUAAAAGAAGACAGAGAAGGAUAUUACCUUUGUCAAGCAAGUAAUGGCAUUGGUACGGGUAUUGGCAAAGUAGUACAGCUACGAGUUAACUCUUCACCCUAUUUUGCUGCACCGUCAAAACUUGUAACGGUUAAAAAAGGUGACACCGCGACACUUCACUGUGAGGUACAUGGCGAUAAGCCUGUAACAGUGACUUGGCUGAAAGGCGGAAAGAUUGAAUUGAACCCUUCUACGAAUUAUAGGGUAACAACAAAAACUGAAAUUACUCCUGACGGUGUAGAAGGUCAAUUACAAAUUUCGUCAACAGAAGCAUCUGACAGUGGUGCUUAUUUUUGUCAAGCAAGUAAUUUAUAUGGAAGAGAUCAACAAUUAGUACAACUCCUUGUACAAGAACCUCCACACCCACCACAUGGCUUGGAAACUGCGAUGAUCGCUCCACGGAGCAUUAAUGUCAAGUGGCAACACAAAGCUCAAGACACUAGUGAUGUUUCGAAAUAUAUUCUUCAGUAUAAAGAAGGUGAAGGAGGUAUGUGGCAACAGCAAGAACUUUCUGGACCUCCUCUACCAUAUGCCGCAUUAAUAGAUGAUCUGAAACCAGCUACACGAUACACAAUUCGAGUUAUUGCUGAAGGCCCUGCUGGUCGAUCUGCUCCAUCAACAGAGCUUCUUGUUAAAACAGAACCUCAAAGACCUGCAGGACCUCCUAUUAAUAUUGCUGCAAGACCUAUAUCUCCAACAGAAAUUAUUGUAUCAUGGUCACCACCAUUACCAGAGCUACGACAUGGUGAAAUUCAAGGUUUCAAUGUUGGAUUUAAAGAAUCUAGUGGAGGAAAUCCAUCAUAUAAUUUUACGUCAGUCCUCGGUGAUGGUGAAGACGGAGCCGUUGAAUUACGCUUAACUGCAUUACGACCUUAUACAAGAUAUUCUAUUGUUAUUCAAGCUUAUAAUCAAGUAGGGUCAGGACCUUUAUCUGAACCAUUACCUACACAAACCUUAGAAGACGUACCUAGUAAACCACCUGAGGACAUUCGCUGUGCUUCCCUCACAUCACAAUCUUUACAAAUAUCUUGGAAAUCACCUCCAGCUGCCUUUAUAAAUGGCAAUAUUCAAGGAUAUAAAGUUAAUUAUGAGCCAGUAUUAUCAGACUCAUGGAUUGGUAUCGAUGAAAUGGAAAUUCGGAAGACUGGAAGUAUGACUAUGACGUUAGCAGGACUCAGAAAGUAUACAAACUACAGUAUACAAGUAUUAGCAUAUACCAGAGUUGGUGAAGGUAUUCCAUCAAGAAUUAUGUACUGUCGUACAAAGGAAGAUGUACCAGGAAGUCCAGCGGAUAUAAAAGUUGUUGUGAGUUCACCACAAGCACUAUUUAUAUCUUGGCUUCCACCUCUAGAGCCGAAUGGUGAUAUUACUAAAUAUAAUCUUUACUCAAGAAUUAUGGAUGGUCGUGAAGAAUUAAAUCAUGGAAAAAGAGUGUUGCCUGCAACGAAUACAUUUUUUGAAGUAACAGGUCUACAACAAAGAGUUGAAUAUCAAUUUUGGGUCACAGCGAGUACUCGUAUAGGAGAAGGGCAAAGCUCCACAGUUGCUGCGGCUAUGCCAAAAAAUCAUGUCAUUGCAAAAAUAACUUCAUUUGGGAGCCAUAUCGUAAGACCAUGGCAUGGUUCAGUAACAAUGGCUUGUCAUGCAGUCGGUGAUCCUUCUCGACAAUGGUUUAAAAGCCUUGUAGACGAAAUACAUACUGAUUCUACAAAAAGUAUACAGAUUUUACCGUCUGGAGAGCUUAUCUUGUCUAAUAUUCAAGUUCAAGACGCCGGAAAUUAUACUUGUCAAGUUGAAAAUGCACUAGGAAGUGAUCGACUUCAUUACAGCCUGACCGUACAAGUUCCACCAAGUGCACCUGUUUUAUAUGUAACAAGUUCAACUUCAAGCAGUGUUCUCCUUCAUUGGAAGCCUGGAUAUAAUGGUGGUUCACCAUUAACUGGAUAUACUCUUCACUAUCGCACGACUCAUGGAAAUCUUGAUGAAUUACAAUUAUCUCGACGAGCAGCUAAUCAUGAACUAAAAGGACUUCUCUGUGGCAAUAUGUACCAUCUUUAUCUUACGUCUCAUAAUAAAAUUGGCAGCAGUCAACCAUCUCCAGUUCUUUCAGUUCGAACACAAGGUCAAGCACCUGGUAUUCCACCAGCCGCGGCCUUUUUGGCACCAAAUUCAACUUCUCUUUCACUCCGUCUUCAUACAUGGCCUGAUAAUAGCUGUCCAAUUACUCAUUUUGUUAUUCAGUAUCGCCCAGUCAAUGAAUUUCAUUGGACAUUAGUUUCUAACAAUAUCCAAAUGCAACGGAGAUUUAUAGUUACUAAUUUAUCACCAAGUACUGUUUAUCAAUUGAAAGUUGAAGCUUUUAAUAUUGCUGGAAGUAACCAAGCCGAAUUUAACUUUGUAACAUUUACCAAAGACGGAGAAGCGCCGCCACCAGAACUUUCUGAAAGAGGUAUCACGUCAUCUCUGCCAUUUUACAUUGAUGUUAGGGUAAUGUUGCCAAUAAUUGUCGCGGCUUUUGCAUUACUGGCAGUUUGUAUAGUAGUUGGUGUGAAAUGGAAAACGAAACAGUUGAGAGAUCGGCAACAGCGGCCGAUGAAAGAGAGUCAAGAAAAUCAGCAAAACGCAGAAACUCAGAGAGAACGGUAUUAUGCAACAAUCCACAAGGUUGCUCUUCAACAGGCUACUAAUACCGGGGGAACUGAUAAGAUUCCAGAGACAGCGGAGGACAUCUCGCCGUACGCUACGUUCCAGCUUUCGGAAGGGGUCGGGGGAAGCCUGGCAGGACUGGGUGGUUUGGGAGGUCUGGGCGCCGCAACGGAAGUAUCAGGAGCCAGUCUUCAUCCCAACAAUACACUUCUUCACAGCUUUAUGUAUCACGAGCAUGCGAUGACGGAAGGUUGCGCGAGUCCGCCACCACCAGCAACGAGUAUGAAGAGUGUGUCAUCGCGACGGCGUCAACAGCGGAAGCAACAUACGCCAGGAGACGACAGUGACGAGAGCGAAUCCGAUCCGGAUCAGUUGUCACGUUCCAGAACGGAAUCGUCCAAUCAACUGGACGCCGGAAAACUCAAGCACAUCCGAGCAGUUUCGGAUUUCAUUUACCACGGUACAUCGAGCACGUCGUCGGAUAUUUCACCAAUGUGCGAACAGAAAUCAUUGCCUAGACGAGGACGGUCCAGAUGGCACGUUCCCAGCAGGAGUUCUCUUCGAAUGCUGUUGCCACCAAUGUCUGUAGCCGAGACAGCGUUCGUGAGUAGUCAAGGGUCGGCUGUUCAGAGAAACGGAAACGGCGAGAGGAGUGAUCGACCUGAACUUAGUGAGGCUGAAUGCGAUAUUGAUUCACUAAAGAAGCCUAAGCUUGGAUUAAGAAGUUCUCUCUGGUCAAGACCAAACACUCAAAAUAAUCCAUCCUCUGACUAUUCAAUCGCCGUCUGAAUUUCUUAAAAUUUUAUUAAUUAUCUAUUAGCCAACUAUAUAUGAAAUUCACAAAUAAUUUUAAAAUAUUCGUCGUGGCUGUUUGUUAUUUUAAAACAUACUUUCAUCCAAAGUAUUUUUGAGACUAGUGAUAGACUGAAGAUGUUGACCAUUCACUAGUAAACUACAAACUGCCAGAAUUUCUGAUCCAUGUCUUCCUUUGUACAUUUUGGAUUCAUAAGGCCAACUAUUCUACAUUCUCACUGCCAGUUCAUUGAAUAUAUAUGGCUUUUUAAUAAUGUAUAAAGCUAUUUUUAUUAAUUGCUAAAAAUGAUAUUAUUUCAUGUUAUAGACAUUUAUUAAAAAAUAAACAGUCACGAUGAAACGUAUGAAUGGAUAAAUGUUUGAUUGUUUCUAAAUUAAUGACAAGAGAAUUAGUUUGAAAAUAUUAUAUGUGGUAUAACUGAUUUGUGCCAAAUGACAAUUUGCUCAGCCCGUUUACGACUAUUUUUAUAAGCGGGCGACCCAUUCGAGACCAAAGACUUAUUCCAAAUAUUCGUACGAAUGGUGCAGCAUUUAAUAAUUAAAAAAAAUUUGAAAAAUGCCUAUCAAGUAGUAAUUCAAAGAAUUGAGUGUUUAUAAAAGAAAAUAUUUAUCUAUAACACGAUUUAAACAAUAAAUGCAAAAAAAAAAAAACAUAUUAAUAUGUAGGUAUACGAUAAAACCAACGUGAUUCGAUAGGCAUUGAUUGUUAUUAUUUAUAAUAAUAAACUGACAAUGUUACUUUAUUAUAUUGUAAUAUUUAUAUUAUGUUUUAGAAUAUAUUUCUUUCGUUUA